GUCGCUGCAGCGCUGGACGCGCAGAAUGUCGGUGAUACCGACACACACCCUCCCCGGAUACACACACCUGCCGCACUAGGGAAAAACCUAGUGCAUCUCUUCUCCUGAUUAUAAACGUCCUUCCUGAAGUUCCUGCAAGGUUUUGACCUCUGACCGAAAGCCUAGAAGUAACAGCUUGGCAUGAUGGGACUGAGUAAAGAAGAUAGUAUACAGUAUGACAAUGAUACGGUGCUGGUUUAAGAGGAUUUGUGAAACCCCUGCAUCUUCAGCAUUAUCAUCAGAACCAAAAGUCAGUCGGUGGUGUUGUAAAAAAAAUUGAAAUUCUCCUCAUUCAUUCUGCUUGCAAUGAACUUGUAAUGACAUCCAGACACUCCACAGAAUCAAGCAAGGGGAUUUCAUUCAGGGGAUAAAGAAGAAAUUUCACCAUAUAGCCUGUCCCUCCAGGACUGGUAUCACUGCUAAUGUGAUGCUUAUCAUGGCUUGUGUGACAUCUGCCGCAGAGGAGCCGGCAGGUGACUGUACCAGACCUAUAGUUAGUCCUCUGCCUUUUCCAGAACCUUCUGCAACCUCGACGAAUGACCCUAGUCAUGAAUGUGACAGCACUCUCGGUCCUCCAGAGGCAACCCCACCACCCCCUCCACCUCUUCCGCCACCACCCAGUCAACCCCACCCUUCACGUAAGAAACGACGGGUACGGAGCUUUUUCUGGAAAACUAUUCCAGAAGAAAAGGUACGGGGAAAACCCAAUAUUUGGACUCUAGCAGUAAGACAGCAGCAGUAUCAAAUUGACGUGAGGACGGUAGAGGAGCUCUUUGGCCAGCAGGAGGACGUUCGAACCAAGACGGGCAGUGGACACCCUAGUGGUGGGAGAUCCAUAGGCUCGUUUAAAGAGAGCAAAAAUGAGAUCAGCAUCCUGGAUUCUAAGAAAGGAAUGAACAUUGGAAUUUUCCUCAAACAGUUCAAAAAGUCAAAUCAUGCAAUAGUAGAAGAUAUCCGUUUGGGUAACAGUAAACAGUAUGGAGCUGAACCGCUGAAAGAAUUACUCAAACUAUUACCAGAGUCAGAGGAGGUGACGAGAUUAAAGGACUUCAAAGGAGACCCCAAUAAGCUGACCCUGGUCGAUUCCUUCAUGUUCCUGUUGAUUCAAGUACCAUGCUUUGAGGUACGCAUUGAGGCUAUGAUACUUCAAGAAGAGUUCCACCCGUCCUGUGUGCUCAUGAAUCGUGAGAUUACUAUUGUGCGUCAAGCUACUGAAGAGCUAAUGACUUGUGAAGAGCUCCAUGCAAUUCUACACUUGGUUCUCCAAGCAGGAAAUAUCAUGAAUGCCGGUGGCUAUGCAGGCAAUGCUGUGGGCUUCAAACUAUCCUCUCUUCUCUCUUUGGCUGACACGAAGGCCAACAAGCCGGGCAUGAACCUGCUCCACUUUGUGGCACUGGAAGCACAGAAAAAGGAUGAGGCCCUUCUGAAGUUCCCAGAGAAGCUAACACAUGUUCAGCGUGCAGCAAGAAUUUCAGUCGAAAAUAUUGAAGGGGAGUUUUCCUCUCUUUAUGUCAAAACACGUUCGUUGGAGGAGAAGAUUCAGGAUGACAAGGAGCUGCAAAAGCAGCUGGAUUCAUUUUUGCAGAGCUCAACACAGGCCCUGCAGGACCUUAAACGUCGCAGGAUGGACAUGCGCAAGGAGGGCAACGCUGUCAUUGACUUUUUCUGUGAAGACAAAGACACCUUUCAACUGGAUGAGUGCUUCAGAAUCUUCCAAGACUUCUGUCUGAAGUUUAAAAAAGCUGUUAAGGACAACCAGGACAGAGAACUUAAAGAAGAAGCCAGACAGCGACGCUUACGGGAACUGGAGGAGAAACGUUUUGCCUGGGCUGGAGGAAAUAAUGAAAAAGAUGAUGAUCGUUUUGGUCGCAGUAGUAGUGAAAAUGAUGUUGACAUCCUAACCAAAGGAGGCCUCAUGGACUUCUUGCUUAAUUCAAGACCUCAAAGCCCCCACAGUCCUUUAGGACGCUCAGCUAGUGCCCGUCGUUACCAUCACACAGUUGGUGACCGUGGCUUUGUGGAGCUCCCCGCUGGGUCUUCAGCAUCUGACUACACCAAAUUUAGCAGUCUUCCACGGUCAGGCAGGAACCAUAAAAGAAAGACCAUUCCCUGGCUUGUUUCACAAGGUGAUAAUAGGGAGCUGGGUCCACAAAGUCAGGCCUACCAAGAGAAGGGUGCAACUUCACCAAAGGCUGAAACAGAACCUAUCAGUCCUUUAGCUAGAUACUCAACCUCUGGCUACAACAUAAACAAUGAUCGCCAAAAUAAUAAUAAUAAUUAUACUUCUCUCUCUGAAGGUGGAGUUACCCCUCAAUUAGAUAACUCAGAUAUUUUUCAGGAGACAUCUGGACAAGGUGUUGGACACAUGAGGGUUUAUGUGGAGAAACACACACUAGUUACUGGCCUUCAACCCUUUGAAAUAACCCAGAUCAAUAAUAACAGUUAUGUCAGUGUAGACAACCCAUGUGAAGUGAUUGUGACAAGCCUGGAAAGAGAUGAGGACCAUUCCAAACCAUUUGUCCUUGAUACCCCUCCAUCUAGCAGAAGUUCUGAGGAUAGACCCAGGCCAGAUAAACUAUUUGAUGACAAAAUUAUCUUGUCCCAACUGGAGGAGGUGGACAUGAGCACCAUUUCCUCAACAACUUGUGACACCCCACUGCCUCUUGAUCCCUCUGUGUCCAAUAAAAAACCUGCGUUGAAUGUCAUGGAUUGUACUGAAACCGAUUGUUCAAUCAUGUUGGACUGUUCUGAAAUCGAAAGUUUUCCCAUCAUGAAGGAAGAAUCUGGAAUUAACUCAAAGCCAAAGGAUGCCAACCUAUCAAGAGUCAUUCAGGAUGCCAAUUCCCUUUCCUCAAAUUAUGAGUCCAUCAGUGGUCUCCCAACAACUGAUGAGCAUCUUGCAGAAAAGCUUGAUCAAGAGUGUGCCGAAGCAUUCAGUCCAUCUGUAACUACUGAAGAAGCAGAGUCAGAUAGUUGUGAUACAGCUGAGGGGCAUAGAGUUGCUGAGAAGGCAGUCCAGAGCCGUAGACCCAAAGCAACCAGUCUUGCCAAAACCAAGACUGGGUCCAAAUCAGGGUGUAUUCCUGGCAUUCGUCCUUUAAGAACUCUUACGACAACUGAGACGCAAAACAUGCGAAAAGUGGUGCCCAUUACAAGGCAAAAUCGAUCUAGUAGUACCAUAAAGAAGGCAGAAAACCCCCCUGGACAGGAAAGUGCUGAACCCAGACGUCCACUUCGUGACCAAAGCAUGCCAGCUAGAAGAGGUGAGAGACAAAGCAGACCUGCUCGGCAUUCCAGCCUCCCUCCAGGUAAUCCCAAAACACAAAGAGGUACUCCAAACAACGUCAAUUCUGGCCGGGCAAGGGACUCCACUCCACGUGCAACCCCCCUCAGGAAAACAAGUGCCAAACCUAUCCGUAACAUUUCAAAACCACCACCAGAGGAAAAGAUGUGUCGUUCAACAAUGCGAGCCUUGGCCCAAGCUCAGGCCCAAGGAACCUCAGAAGGAGUUACACCAGAAACUCCCAAGCACACACACAAAGUUUCUUUGCCCAGCUUUGCCCGCAACACAGUAGCAUCCUCUUCCAGAUCUAAAAAAGACUUGCCCCCAACACCUGUAACAGGAACACCAUCAAAGAGCUCCACCUUAUCAAGAACUAGCUCUCAGAGAUUGACUUCUGGUGUAAGAACAGAUUUUGUCAGUAACGGACUUUUGACAAAGAGUGAAGAUAAACUAGGUGGGUCUUUAAGGAAGGUUCAAAGCGCAAGGGCUUCCAGUCGAAGCACUCAGAGCAGUGACACAACCCCUUCACAAUCUGGACGAGAGCACUCCUUCAAAAGUAGCAGUUUCUCAGAAAAAAACACACAGAUUAAAGACUCAGCCAGGACCAGUAAACCCACGUGGAAGUAGAGUGUGAUUUUUACUUACUACAUAUAAAAAACAACGUUAAACAAGACAGAUCAAUUUGUUUUCUGAACAUACAUUAGAGUUACUUAAGAGGCACAGUGUCUCACAUAUUGUUCUGAAUGUAUCUAAAGCUUUUAAUGUAGCUGAAGUAGAAGCUUGGCAAGAGUUUAAGAGUUAUGUAAGCUACUGUCACUAUUUGACAGCACAUUUUAGUAGCACUUUCACAUCCAGUCAAGGAUGGUUUUGAUGGCCUUUUCUUAUACAUGUACUUGACACGUAUCAUCAAACAUUAGGAAACAAACAAAUCAAUUAAAAAUUAUAUGUGGUGUUAGAUUAUAUUUUUAUUAAUUCUGCAUAUAUAUUGUGAGCUGUUCUCACAAACUCCUGAAGAAAAACAAAUUGUCAUAUAUUGACAUGCUUCUUUAUCUUGUAUAAUAUUUAGUAAAAGUACUGUUUAAUAGGACAACAUUUCAUUAAAAUGAAUGAACACUUCAUGUUUUCUGUGCAUGACAAAUCAAGCUGAAGACUGUUUUAUGAAUAUAUCUAUGAAUGUUAUUCAAAUACACAUUAGUGUAGCUGAUGCAAUGGAAAUUGAGCACUACAUCUAAAAGUUUGAAGCCUCUUCAGUCUGGUUUUUGACAUAGGUUUUUGAAAGCAUCUUUCAUGACUGCUUUGAGUUUUCAGUUUUGUUAUCUAUUUGCCUACAAGCUGCUAUACACUGCUGUUGUUGGCACUGUAUUUGUGACUAUUAUGUGAUCAUACUGCUAAUUCUAUGUUUGUAAAGCCAUACUGUUAACCAAGAGUGGCAAAACCUGGUGCAGGAGGGAAGACUAUAUUAUUUUGCCUAAACUUUUGAGAAAGCACAUACACUGCAAGCACGUUGAACGUAACAUGUUCUCACUGUGAACAUUUUGUCAAAAUUUGUGCUUAAAAUUAAGGGGCCGUUUACAUGACAACAUUUUUAACUGAAAACAGGAAAGCUUUUAUUGUUUUGGCAGUUUGUUUAAACGAAAACAGAAUUUUGGGGUCCUAAAAAAAAUACGAACGGCUUCCAAAGUGGUUUUUAAGUGCGAGUCUUUAUCCUUUUCAUGUAAAGGCAAAUAUGCAAAUCUGUGAAAGCGAUGACACAAGCUCAUGCGUGUUUUGCAUUUAGUCUACAAGCAUGUGCAUUUUAUCAUACACACACAACAAUGGCAGACUACAUGAUUGUGUUUGUGUUGCUAAAAAAGUUGAAGUAACAAACCACAUUCAUCAUCCGUCCAUACAAAACUGCCAGCUGCUUUCGCCAUGUUGUUUGUUUGUCUUUCCACGGGCUACUCCUUUGUCACUUCCCCUACUGUGCGUUCACACCAGACGUGAUAGAUGCGGCAAAAACAUGCUUGUUGCGCAUAGUUGGACGCUUGAACAUUUUGAGUUUACUCGUUUCAUUCACGUGUGAAAGCCGCGUGUGAAAUUGUAGUCAUUUGAGACAUUAAUGCGGUCAUGGGAGGGGCUUUUUCUGCCUCCGCUCAUGUAAUCACGUCACUGCUAGAGCAAGCUCCAAGCUUCUCAUCCUUACAUUGACUUAACAUGUAAAUCACUUGCGCUUGCCGCCUCUUCCGCGUCUGGUGUGAACGCACAGUUAAGGGCCUUUGGUUGUGUAUAGUGACGUUGCCACCCACUGGCCUGGCAUGCAUUAUACAAUAUUUUUGGUUGUUUCUGCUUUUCCAUGUAAACGCAGAUCGUUUUUACAAUGUUGUCGUUUUACACAAACGUGAAGGAAAAACUUUUACGUUUUCAGUACAAUCGUUGUCAGAUAAACGUAGCAUAUUUGGCAAGUCCUUAAAACAUGUAUGUUAUAUACAAAAAAAAAACGUGUUGUUAAAAAGUCAGUUCAGUUAGAUCAAAUCAGUGUUAAUACAGCCUAAUUGGACAAUAAAGUGUUAAUAAAAUCCAUUCAGAGAAGAAUGAAAUUAACAUUAUUGUUUGGGUACUUUCUGUAACUUCUUGGACAACACAGGAAUUCUCUUUAAAUCUCUCCUAUUUCUGUCUAUUAAGUAGCAAUGAUUAAAAAUAAUUUAUUUAUAUUUAAACAUAUAAUUCAUAAAUAUGCCUAACACAGAAGGCCUAAAAUUAUUCUACCUCUAAAAUCAGAUUUGCCACCUCUUGUUUUGUUCUGAUGGCUUACUAAUCAAGUGAAUCAAUGGCUUUUACAGAAUCCUGCAGAUGUAUCUCAGUUACAGCAUACAAUGUCUUUUAAUGUUCUCAGAAAGGUUAGUGUACUGUAUUGACAUAUUUGUAUUUAGCGCAAAUUCAUUAAUGUGCUAUAAAAAUGCAUCCAUUGUAACGUGGACAAGUGGAAUCGCUGUUCCUGCUAUAUACAUUAGUUUAACCUUAAAAACAAGACUAUUCAAAUAUUAAGAUUCAGUGUGUUGUACUUUAUAUUGAUAUUGCUCAGAAUUUCUAUUUUGAAUGUUACUUUUGAGCCUCUUCCUCUGUGAUUGUAUUACAAUCAAUAUAAGCUAAUCAAUAAAUAAAUAUAUAUG